AUGCAACAACUUUUUACAAGUCUCCAAGGCCACAGAUGUGCAUCCUCCACAGUUUGGAAAAUAGCGUCUGAAAGUUUAGGCGGUGACCAGUCUGCUGCUAAGGCCAAGUUCUAUUCUGACCUAUUUCGUCUGAACUUCAGCUUACUUGGUGUUUAUACCAGUGAUUGGCCCAUUCUUGGCGGUAAUUACGCCGACAUUUAUGCCAUCUUCCAUGCUGCAGUUCAACUUGGGGGUAUCUUCAGCGUUCUGUUCAACGAUGACGCACUUAAAGGUGUUUUAGAGCACGUUUGCGUCCUACCAGUCACUCCUCGGAAGAAUCUUGCCGACCUGUUUACCAUUCUGAAAUGGGACAAUGUGGAGCUUUUAACUAAUUCCAGUUUCAUUAAUGCCUUUAUAGACACCUACAUACGAUACGUUCUUAUCUAUGAGCAAGUAUAUCUCAGCAAGUCGCACACAGUGUCUAACCGUAUCAUUUAUCUCGUCUACGCUGCUUGGCAAGGCGCAUUUCUUCGUCCAUACAUUGGAGUUGACCGCUCGCUAGCAUCACUUGACUUUCUCGAUGAGGUAGACAACACUGCAGAUGUACCAUCCCCAAUCGAGGAGCAGGAAGAGCAAGAGGAGCAAGAAGACCGCGAAGAGGAGGAAGACCCAAGAGUGGCACAAAAACGACGACAGGCCAAGCUUGCGAAGACUAAAAAGGGAAAAGAGUCAGUGGGACCUCUUAAGGAACCGGAUAUUAAAUUGAAUGUAGAAGAGAUAGCAGCAGACCUACAUGAAGCAGCUGUACCGGAGAAGGAAGAGGAACAAGAUAGCCAGUCGGGGAACAGACCUUUGUCCGCCCUGGCAGCUCUCAGGGAUGAAGACCCUGCUAUUCUCAAGGGCGCCUCUUACGCUUGUAAUAUUCUACCCGACAUACACACCUGCGUUAGUGUGGCAGUGCCAAACCCUACGGCCUCUGCACCUGUCACAAACUAUAACAGAACGGGAUACCAUCUUCAUCAAAUCACGUCACUGUCAUGCUAUAACUUUGGACAGUCUAGAAUUCCCACUUACAACGAGCACGCAGUCCCAAUGACAGACACAAGCUCCAUCAAAGGCCAGCGAGUGUACCAGAAGGAGGAGCUCUGCAUGCUCCGAAGACGCGGUCUUGAUAUUAUCUUAAGCUCAUCGUGGCGUCUUACCCCCAAUGAUUUGGCCAUAGAAGAGUCAUCAGAGUCACGCCUGACACUUAAAGAUAAGUUCAUAUCAGAUCCCAUCCGAAUAGCAUAUUAUCACGCAUUUCCUCCAGGCACAAACUUACUUAAUCAGCAGCACCUCCUAGGCAAUCUCAAGAUGCAUGCGCCACUUGUUGAUCAACACUUGCUGGACCUGGCCAUCAGGAAGCAUACGCAUAUAGCGUCGCAGUUGAUCUGUUCUCUGCUUGAUGUCCAGUACAGUGACUGUGCCGAAUGGCAGGGCAAAACCAAGCUGGCAUUGGUAGAGCUACUCGAGUUACAUAUCACAGAACUAUACAACUUGUUUCUAUGUGAUAACUGUCUGACUGGCGUGGGAGAGACUCUGAUCCUCGAUUCUCCAGCGUGCCUUUUUCUAUUGUACUCCAUCUUGUCUGAUGAGAUCGAUUCUUUUGUUGCCAGCUUUAUUAGAACUGGUUGCCAACACCCGGUACAAUCUUUAUCCUUGCGGAUGACAAUCUCGGCUAUUGACACUCGAAUAUAUUGCAAUAUUUUGACAUGCUCUACCUACAUAUUUUCUACUGUCCUUCCGCGGUUGAACUUGGGCACCAAUCCCAAUCUCUCUCCGGAUAAUAUUUACUUUACACUUUCUAGUCAGCACCUUGGAAACUUGGAGUCUAUCACAAAUAACUUUCUGGUCGAGCCCACCCAAAGAUCCAUUGGGUUGCUUAUGGUGCUAUUGGGUUCAUUGCUACAUAGACACUACUAUAUGAUCAACAACGGUAUCGUUAUUACGUUUUGCUCAUCACGGCCCAUUCUCUUCCAUUGCAUUUCAUUAGCUUUGUUUUCAAACAGUAUGGUACACCCGUUUGUCCUAACAGCUCUCAGCUUGCUUAUAGAAGAAGAACUGUCCUUACGGUCAGGUCUCACUGCAAGGCACGUGGACGACCCGAACCAGGCACGGUCCUUUGCUGGGCUGAAAUGGAAAACUAAGCUCCAAAAAUUUGCUAAUAGAUUGGCAUCUAGAUCAUAUAUAAUUAACAAUAGCUUGCUGUUACUGCGAGCAGCAAUUUACAAUGGACGUUUUGAUGGUCAACUCUGCGGUGCCAUUUCCACAUUUCUACGGCAGUCUCUAAUGGAGACAAAGCUUGAUCAUACUUCUCUCUUUGCAAAGGAGCAUGAAGAUGCUUCUGCACUUAGAGUUUUCCGCCGCGCUCUGAUAAGCACCUGUUAUAGCUGCAUUGAUAUUGUUCAGGCUCUUGUGACAUCCGGCCUUUCUGCCGAAUUCCAUGUCUUGCUGCUCGAACUGCUUUCAUCUCCAGUAGCCCUACCCGAUGAGCUAUCCGCCGAGCUACAUCGAAUUCUAACAGAGAAGAUGCUAUGA